AACUCCACAACUUCUACUACGACGGCAGGGCUGACAACUACAACAACCUUACCUUCUACAACUACUUCAACUACUACUACACCUUCAACAACAAAGACUGGCACGACCAGUACCACUUCCACAACCUCCACCACAUCAACUACAUCAUCGGCAACACCUACAACUUCGUCGACGACGGCAGCAACAACGUCCACUUCAACGACAACAAAGUCAUCGACGACAAAGACGACAAAGGCGUCAACGACAAAGAAGGGCGCCACGACGUCCACUACAACAACAGGUGGAUCUGCUACAACAGCAACGACAACGACUGCCGGAAACUUCAUUCGUCAUGUUGCCUCAUUCCUCGUGGAGAGUGCUCUUCUCGAGGCUGCAGCUGGAGGUGGGCCA